UUUCUCUCAUUCAGGAGCGAAGGCAGCAUCCAGCUUGUGAGACGGGGCUGUCAGUCACUCUGCCAGAGGGGCUCUCCGGCUGCUCGGGGAGGGGUUCUGGAGCUACUCCUGGCCAUGAAACACUCUCCAGCAGCCCAGAUCCUCACCUGACUUCCUCUCUUCUCCGAGGACAGUUGCAGAAAAGUGCUUUUCACUCCUUUGCCACAGGUUGACUUCCAGAGAGUGGAGAGGACCAAGCGCUGUGUCCUGGCCAGCGAUGAGACGGUGACUGGAGGUGAGCGGCUCGGCUCCUGCAGGAGGAAGAAGCUCUGACCUUUGCAGACCCCCUUCUCCUCCUUAUGGAAAGUGUCAGGCCAGGCAUGGGACCAUUGGAGGGAGCCAACAGCACAUUCACCGUGGAGAAGAUAGCAUUAGAUGAGAAGCUGCCACACGGCUGGCAUGCCAAGGACUUUGUCACUCCUACCCAGGAUCUCUCUGGGUCCCGCAGUGUCAUGAUGGACAGCACCAAGAUCCUGGGGGUCCAGGUCAUCCUGAUUGCUGCCUACUCCCUCAUCAUUCUGCUGGGCUUCAUCGGAAACUCCCUGGUCAUCUACAUCAUAGUGAAGUACAAGACCAUGAGGACUGUCACCAACUUCUUCAUAGCUAACCUGGCCCUGGCAGACCUGAUGGUGGACACACUCUGUCUGCCUUUCACCCUAGUGUACACCCUGCUGGACGAGUGGAAGUUUGGAGCUGUCCUUUGUCACCUGGUUCCUUAUGCUCAAGCUCUGAGUGUCCAUGUGUCCACCCUCACCCUGACUGUGAUUGCCCUGGAUCGGUACCGCUGUAUUGUUUUCCACCUGGACAGCAGGAUUUCCAAGAGGCUCAGUUUCACCAUCAUAGCUGUCAUGUGGCUGGCAGCAGCUGUCCUGGCAGGACCUCUGGCCAUCUUCAGGGAGUACCGAUACGAGGAAAUCCCAUCCAUUAACCUCAAAAUGGCAGUUUGCUCAGAAAAAUGGCCCUCUGCUAACAACAGAGAUGCCACCAUCUACAGUCUGUCCAUGCUCCUCCUGCAGUAUGUUCUUCCUCUUGCAAUUAUUUGUUAUGCCUACACCAGGAUCUGGUUCAAGCUGAAAAACCAUGUCAGUCCCACUUCUAGGAAUGAAAACCAGUGCCGGAGGAGGAAGACAACCAAAAUGCUCGUGAUGGUAGUUGUGGUAUUCGCAGUCUGUUGGCUCCCCUUCCACAUAUUCCAGCUUGCCAUCGAUCUUGAUCUGGUUCUUAUCUUCCAUGAGUACAAACUCCUGUACACUGUCUUCCAUGUCGGGGCCAUGUGCUCUACAUUUGUCAACCCCCUGCUCUAUGGAUGGAUGAACAAGAACUACAGGAAUGGCUUCCUUAUGUUCUUCCGUUGCCAGAACAAGCCCGAAAGCAUCCACACUGAAGGCUCAGUUAGAGGGAGGUCUUACAUCUUCAGGGCCAACACCCUAAAUGGGAGCUUCAAACAGACUCCUGGCGAUGGAGCACUGCCCACAGAGGUUUAGGGAUGGGACAUCCACCUCCAAGACUGAGGCUGGCUGGGCCCAGAGACAUUCUUGGGUGAAUGCCUUUUUUUGACAGAACAUUGUGCUGCCAAUUAUAGCUACAGCAGCCAUGUAGAAGUAUGAAAUACCCCCUGUAUCUCUUAAAAUAAUAAAUCUGGUGUAAUUUUGUCUGACCAAAUAAUUUAAUUUUUCCUUUCGCUAUGUUCAAGUUAUGCAUGGAGACACAAGAUAAAAAUAACACACAGAGAAGGCUUUCAUUUAGCCAGAAAAAUACACCCUUCUUGCUAUUUCCAUUUGCCAAAGUGGGUUGCUCAACCUUUUACCCCCUGUCACAUUGCACAUUACAAAUGUGGAGCUGAUAUUGUGUGUGAUUGUUCAUCUGUACAUCUCCUACCUGGAAGCCUCAAUGAUUUGGCUAAUGCCUCCAAGGGGAGGGAGACCUGCACUCUGUUCUGCAAACACCUGCUUGUUAGUGCCAUCACUUCUCUGACCUGGGGACAGAGUGGGCUGGCACGGAUUGCAUCUGGGCAACCCAUGAUCUCUUGCCCAACAUUUGCAUAAAUCUGCAUUUGUAACCCACAGGAUGUGGUCAAGUCCUCUGAAAGCCCAGGAGGUGGCAGUGGCACUACUUACCACAGUCUUCUUUGCAAGUGCGGAAGCAGGGCUUUGGGAAUGCCUCAUUAGCCAGGGCUUGUGUGCCAGCACCCUGUAAUUAGCAGGGAGGAGAGCAGACAGGGAGGCAGAUAGGUUCAGUUUCAGUCCUGUCAAUCAGCUGCCCCAGAUCUUUCCUUUCCUAAGGGAUUGUCAAGGGCAAGCAGCUAAAGAUGCGGUUCCUGCCAUGCAAUAACUUGACAAAUGCCAACAGGACCAGAGAGGCAAAAAACUGCCAAUUAAACCUUUCUCCAAGGCACUCAGAGGGUUUAAAGCUUUCCCCUUGCUGAGGCUGAAGGUAAUAUGGGUCUGUAUAUGGCCGCUUCAUUUCAGAAGACAGUUGUAACCUGCUUGCAUGGUUUUCACAGAUUUGGUGUCCUCUGGUAGAAGACAUGGAGACUAAGGAAGAUGUAUUCUUUCAAACCAAACUAUGUUCUGCUACUGAAGGCUUGUGUCAGCUGGGGAGUGUAUUUUUAGCUCUGCCAUCAAAGGAGUCUUGAUUGCUACUGCGAUCUUGGUGUCAUCUCUAAAAGUCAGUGUUCAUCAGAUUGGAAAGUAACUCCCAGAUGCAAGAAAGACGCUCAGCGGAUCUCCUCAUAAAAAAUAAAAUUAAAAGAAAAA